AACGGACCGGAGAGUGAUGGGCCUGUCGAAGCGAGUGUCAUCGUGGUCGGUGGAAGAAGUGUUGGAGUGGGUGCAGGAUCAGUACCCGACCCACAUGGGCACGCUCCAUAAAGCCAUAAUCAAGCACGCUAUAUCAGGGCGUGCAUUGCUGAGACUAAAGGACCAUCACUUGGAGCUACUCGGGGUGGAGGCUGAGGAACAGCAGCAGAAAAUCUUGCAGGACCUCCUCCUCCUCAGAGUUCAUGAAGAAAUCAGUGAACUCAAUGAAAUCUCCUCUGAGUGUUUUUCUCUAUAACAGAAAAUAAAUGUCUUCAGGAGGUAUGCGGCUUUCUUUUUUUAAUUUUCUAUCCAUUCAUUCAUCCAUGUGAAGGAGUGAGAACAGUGGGAGUGUGGAAACAACAAGGGAAGGUGAAA